AUGAUUCAACAAUGCCGAGCCAGGCUUGUCGCCGCGGCCGAGGAGAUUCUCAAUAUUCUGAGGAUGAUGCCAGAUGUCAACGACAUGUUGAAGAACCCAAUGCUGACCUUUUCCAUGUACAUGGCGUCAUUGGUAUUUCUUGAUCAACCGACGUCGACAGAGCCAGACUACCAGCGGCAGGAGAAUCUUGACUUCACACUUCGACUCAUGAUUCUAGCCGCAAAGACGUGGGGCAAUCCAGUGACGAGGUCCAUGGCCAUUCAGUUAGCCGUAGACAUGAGGCAAAGACGCCUUAAUUCAGCAGCAGUGGAGAAGGCUAGCGAGCUGCCCCUGGAGAGAAGCACGGUACCCAUCCUUGCCAAAGGCGACAAUGACUCGUCUAACUUUCUGUUCCAACUCAACAACUUUGAGAACUCCCCGGAACCUACUGCGGACACUUGA